AGGAGAGGGCCAAGUACGCCGACCUCGAACAUAAAUACAAUGAAGUGGCCAGAGAGAGAUGAGCUGCGGGCAAGGGUGGCGGAGGAGGUGCCCAGGGAGAGGGGCGGAAUGGGUGGGUGGAUCAAGGAGAGGGGGGGCGUGGUGGACCAUCAGUAUAUCGUCAAAAGUGGGGCGAAGCGGGUAGGGGUGAAGCUGCAUGAGGAAAAGGGCAUACUUCCUAUCAGCCAAGCCCAGGUAGGUGGAUUGCCUUUUCACUCACUCUUGCCAUUGAGCACUUCUGUGUUUGUGUGUUUGUGUGUUUGUGUGUUUGUGUGUUUGAGCAGCUGGAUACCCAUGGGUUUAAGUACGACAUCAUAGCGAAACACCAAAAACACUUGUAUAGCUCAUUCGGCGAGUACUUUGUGUUGCUAUUCGACAAGCCACUCAACAAGUCUCACACAACACAUUGCCGCUCAUGUGUGUGACGUCGCAUGCAUUCUCACAUGUGUGUGUGUGUCAAUGUGUGUGUGUGUCAGGAGGUGUGGGGGGACAGGACGGCAGCACCCGACCGAAACAAGCUGCUAACAGAGGGCGUCUACAAGAACUUCACAAGCCACCGCCCCAACAAGUGGCGCCACCUCUUCACCGCCAAAGAGGUACAACACGGCACACUGUCGACUGUCACUCACUGCUUGUUUCACUUCAUGUCUCAUAUCGGUGUGUGUGGUUCUUUCAUUGUCAAUGCAGUACAUCGAGGCCACCAGCAAGCAGAAGAAGGUCACCAUCCGUUUCGCAGCGGGUGACAGCUGCCUCCAGGCGGUCUCGACGGCUCUCCUCCGCUACCAGGAGGCUGAGCCGCGAGCCGUCCGGGGCGCUGUCAAACCGAUCAUCAUCAUAGAGACCUGCGACGGAUGGAUGUGAGCUCAAUCUUCACAUGCAUCAGUGCGUGUCGCCCACGUGUGUGCGUGCGCGCGCGUGUUUGUGUGUGUGUGUGCAGCAUUAUUAUUAUCAUAAUCAUAUGGUGGAUCAAGAUCAUCAAGGAGAGAAAAUGCAUAUCGUGCCCCGAACUCGACGGCAUCGAAAACAUACAGGUGCAAACAAAGUGGCCGACUCGCUGUCUGGUUGAUCACAUUGCCCACCUCUCUGUCUGUCUCGCUGUCUUUGUUGGUGCAGGUGGCGAUGCAACCAGUGAGUAGCGGCAAGCGAGACAUCACCGACUCCGUCAAGGUACAACCAUGUCCACACACAACACACACCCUCCUCCUAUCACACACAACACACAUCCCUCUCCAUCUCUCUCUCUCUGUGUGUGUGUGUCUGUGUGUCACAUUUCCUGUCAGCUGGUCCAGUUUAUCCAGCAGCAGCACCCCACCCUGACUCUCCGUAAGCACGCCCGCCACGAGUCGGUGUUCGCAUUUCGAUGUUCUGUCUGUGUCGUUGUGUUGCAGGCGGGAUGGUGGCUGGCUUCCUGCUCAACGGAGGCAGCCACUGCCCGCGGGUGGUCAGCAGCCUCCCAGAGGCCUUCACGCUGCUCGAGACGCACAAUGACAUAGACAAGGUGAACAGCCGGCUCACUCACACGACAUUCCACUCACCCUGCACACGACAUUUGUCCAUCUCGUCUGUGUCUCUCCGUUUGUCUGUCAGGUGGUUGAGGUGGUGAGUAUGUAGUAAGCGCCUGGCGGAGGGCAAGCCCACAUGCCCGCCCACGCCGCCCAGCUGAUCUAUGAUAUCACGCUGGCCGCCAUCCACGGCCCGGUGCUGGCCAAGAUAUCCGACCAUAAUGACGAGGUACGUGAGCGAUCAGUGCACACACAUCACAUACACAUCACUGUCGUGAUGUGUAUGUCAGAUUGCUGCCUACAUAUUAUAUUCCAAGGCCCUUACCCCUCCUCGUGGACAGUGCGGGACAAGGAGGGUCAGCCCCCAGUGCCAUUGGAGAAGGAGGACAACCGGGGGAUGGCGGCUGCCUCGCACGGACAGACCAGAGCACCACGCAGGUCAGGGAAACAUGCACGAACAUGGCAGCUGUGGCCGCCAUUGUGAUGGGGUUCAUAUUCUUUUUUCUGAUUUUGGCGGGGAGGAAGAAAGAGGCAGAGAGAUAGAAGAGGGAGUUGAGAAGUUGCGUGACUUCAUGCGUGGGGAGGGCAAAGAGUGACGUCACUGUUUUACAAGGCUGGAUGGAUGAAUGGAUGGAUGGAUGGCUAUGCACAUCUAUAUCUACACACGAGACACGGUGGUUGUUUUAGAUGCUCAUCGCUGCCUACAUUUUAUAUUGGAGAGGUUGAGCUGCCCAUUACAGCAGAGAGAGACCCACGUACGGCGAGUGGAUG